AUGACCGCACCUCAAGUGCCGUAUCGCCAGAUUCGCGCCCUCUACGACGACGACACCGUUACCGUAUACCAAGCGUACAAGCGCUCCAUUGCCGAUGCUGCCGUCAAGCAGCAGCGCCUCAACGCCUCGCCCGACUUUCGCCCCGGCCGCAUGACCUGGAUCAAGCCCAGCUGGGCCUGGAUGAUGUAUCGUGCCGGCUACUCCUUCAAGGAUCCACGACAAGAGCGCAUUCUCGCUCUCAAGAUGAAACGCCAACACUUUGUCGCCCUUUUGGAGCGCGGCGUCCUGUCCACGCACAAGCCGUCCGCCGGCGAGGCGCAAGACACCUCGCGCGACAAGACCACCGAGGUCAGGAUCCAGUGGGACCCCGAGCGCACGCCCAAGCUGGACGUCCUUCCCUACCGGAGCAUACAGAUUGGCGUCCCGGGCUCGCUCAGCACGACGUGGGCCACUGAGUGGAUCGAUUCCAUCCAAGAUGUAACGGAAACAGCGAGGCGUCUAAAGGAGACCAUCGACCAGCGCCCAGACAUUAGCACAGACGAGCUGGUCCAGCUCGGUCUCGUCCCAGACGAGCGUCCGCUCCCAGUCUCUGAUGAGCUUGCGGCCAUACUUCGCAUGGACGUACCGACCACGACGGGUUGA